CGGGAGUUGAACGUAUAUCAAACUGACAGUUAAUAGAGCUAUGCCUUUCUUAUAAAAAACGGUUGUUGCUACGAACAUACGGCCAUGUUUGUGCUAGUUGUUUUGUGCAUUGUUGUUUCCGGUUUUCCAACAUUCGCACAAAAAGAAGGUGACAUAAGGACUGUUUCCCAAAGACUUGAGAUUUUUAAAUACGGUACAUGGGGGACUGUCUGUGCUAAUGACUUUGAUGAUGCCGACGCUCGAGUGGCUUGUAGACAAUUGGGAUACAGCAAUGGCACUUCUGUAGGUGACACAGUUUUAAGUGGUACAGGAGAUAUAUGGAAAACCAAUGUGAGAUGCUCUGGAUCGGAAAGUAAAUUGGAUGACUGCAGAGUCGGAGGAGCAGUUGGUAAAUGCUUACAUUCUGACGAUGUUGGAAUUUAUUGUUUUAAUGAGACUCUUAAUCCUGGUGAUAUACGAUUAAUUUCUGGAAGACUUGAAAUAUUUUACAACGAAACAUGGGGUACAGUUUGCGAUGACAACUUUGACGAUGUUGAUGCUCAAGUGGCUUGUAGAGAACUUGGUUACAACAAUGGUUUCUUCGUUGGUAGUACGAAUGAAUCUGUAACAGGAAAAAUAUGGCUCGACGACGUUAAUUGCUGUGGAGACGAAAACAAAUUGGAGCAUUGCAAUCAUGCAAAAUGGGGCGUUGAAAACUGUUUUAAAGGCGAAAAUAUAAAAAUUGAAUGCAAUAAUGGGAUUGAAGGAGACGUUCGAAAUUCUUCAGGAAAACUCGAGAUACUGCACAACAACGAAUGGGGAACAGUGUGUAGAGACAACUUUGGCAAAAACGAGGCUCUAGUGGCUUGCAAGCAGCUUGGUUACAGAAAGGGGAAUGAUAUUGAAACAGCAGGAAAAAGUGACACUUUACGGAUAUGGCUAGACAAUGUGAGAUGCAACGGAUGGGAAACUAAAAUGAUCAGUUGUGCGCAUGGCGAUUGGGGAAAGCAUACUUGCAGUCAUUGCAAAGUUGCUGGAUUUAGUUGCUCUGAAAUACAAGGUGAUGUACGAAUGAUUUCAAGCAGACUAGAUAUGUAUUACAAUGGGACAUGGGGAACAGUGUGUGUUGAAGGUUUUGACGAUAACGAUGCCACUGUUGCUUGCAGGCAACUUGGAUACAACACAGGAAUAUCCGUGGACCCCAAAAAAGAUGUAGCAAGUGGUGAUAGAUGGCUAAAUGGGAUGACUUGCACUGGAAAUGAACGUAGAUUGAUUGAUUGUGCAAGAGAUAAAAUUGUCAUGGCAAAAUGUUUUUCACCCGUGGGAAUCGAAUGUUCAAACUCCAAUGAUGGUGACUUACGAAUCAUCUCAAAGAGAUUAGAGAUAUUUCACGACAACGAAUGGGGAGCAGUUUGCGGAACACCCUUUGGCGAUAAUGAUGCUACAGUUGCCUGUCGACAGCUUGGAGGAGUGAAGUCUGGAGAUGUAAGACACAAUUAUUUGUUUCGUUAUAUUCGCAAAAUAUGGUUAACUGAAGUACACUGCUCUGGAAAAGAAAAAAAGUUGGCUACGUGUAAACAUGCAGGAUGGGGGGAAAACAUGUACGGUUGCAGUGAAAACGAAGGAAUGGUAACUGGCAUAGACAGACUUGGAUUUUGA